GCGAAGCGCGAAAGAAGACUGCUGCUGCAAGCUGAGUCUGUCGAGUAUGGCCAGUCGACCGUCUCUACGAGAGUCUCUCGGUCUCCCGACCCGCGUGGAUGCUCCGGUGCAGACCCAGAAGAAGAAAAGAUGUCAGGACUGCCGGGCGGCGGGGUACGGACGUCCGGUGUAGCUCCUCCAAACAGACGGAGAACUCAGGUACUGGCCAAAGGCUCUCGACCGAGCUCAUCGGCCGUCGGUCCAGCAAGUCACAAGCGAUCCAGUGUGUAUGGUCACGGUGGACACAGCCAACCAAAGAAAGACCCUCGACCUCUCAGUGACAGAUCCUUCCAGAUCUCAGCCACAAAGAAACUCAUUGCAUUCCUGCUAGACAAGAACUACGGAAAGAUCUUCACUCCCAAGCAGCUGCAGAACCCCUCCACAAAAGAGUUUCUCCACAUAUUCAACUUUCUGGUGACCAUGAUCGACCCUUAUCUGGAGGUGAACGGGAUGACAAUUGUGGAGGAUGUUCCCAAAACUCUCAAACUAAUGAGCUAUCCGUUCACAGUGAGUAAGAACCACAUGUUGAAUGUUGGAAGUCCUCACUCCUGGCCCAUUUUGCUGGGAGCUCUUGCUUGGCUGGUUGAUUGCUGCAGUCUACCAGAUCGGACUAAAGAGCUCAUGUUUCCCUCAGAGAGUGGCUUUGAUGAUGGACAACCCACUCCCAAAGAGCAAGAGAUGUUAGUGGAGUUCUACAUGUACGACGUGUACCUACAAUAUGGCCACGGCUCGCCAGAGUACCAGGAGCUACUGCAACAGAAGGCAGAGGCAGAUAGACAGCGACUGGAGGAGCUAAAGGAAGCUACUGUGAGAGUGGUUGAUGAGAAUGAACAGCUGGAGAGGGCCACCGAGGAACUCGCUCAGUCUUCAAUUCCUGUCCUGAUGGCAAAGAAGGAAGAAAACAAUCAGGAACUAGCUGCUCUGGAGGAGACAGUGGAGAGAGAGCUGCCACAGACCACCGCUAGAGUCGACGAAGAUUUCAACAGACUGAUGGCAGUCGAGUCUGAGAUCGAGAUGCAAAUAUUGACUGGCGAGGAAAAGUGCAAAGAGCUAGAGGAGAUGAUACGUAACCAGACGAUGAGUGCAAAGGACGCCCGAGAGCUCCGUAUGAGUAUAUCUAACGCAGAGUUGGACUUGGAGAAGCAUCGCCUGCUGCAGAGGGACAGCAUGGCUCGCGUCGAGGAGCUCCAGAUACUGCACAACAGGAGUGUGGGGUUGAUAGACUCUGCGUGUGCCACGGUCAACAACAAGCUCCACAGACUGUCGGCUCUUCUCCCCGACGCGGCGUCCCUCUCUCCUCUGGAGUACGACACGAGUCGCCGUGCCGACCCAGAGGUCCUGGAGAGACUCAUCUCUCAGGCCAGGAAACUCAGACAAGAAGUCCAUACUCUCCACGAGAGGGUGGCUGCGAGACUGUCUGAGGUGGAGAGCAAGAUCAUCAGCGGAGAGUCGACUCUCUCCACUAUGCAAAACGAGCUAAUGAGAAAGCAACUAGAGAACGAAAAUCUCAGACACAAUCUGGACAUCGAGAAGACUGAACUGGAGCAACAGAAGAAGAAAGUGGAGGAAGCCAUGAAGACAGAGCAAGCCGAGAUCCAUGCUCUGCAGAAGCAGCAGCGAGCACUGCAGCAGAGACUGGAGGAGGGACCGCGAACUAAACUAGAACUGGAGAGAGCUCAACUGCAGUUUGAGGAUGAGGUGAUGAGAAUGGUUGGUGAAUUGGAGGAGAAGGAGAAGGAAUAUGAACAGUGUGUCAUAUCCCUUACUUCCGUGGUGGAAAUGGCCAAGUGGCAGAAAGACGAGUUUGCAGCCAAAGUCACAGAGCUAGCAGAGGAAUUCAAGGACGUCACUAUACCGAGUGUCCCUUCGCGCUACCUACGAUCCAACAAGUCUGCAGACAAUUCAUCUUCUGGUAAACCCAAAUGACAUAUAUACUCCACCCAGCCAGCCUGCCUGUGGGCAGGUAUAUUAACUCUUGUGUGUGUGUGCCAAACUGCAUUUCCGUAUUUGUCUGUCUUUGUACACAUACACGUCACAAAAUCCCGAUAUAGCAGAUGUACAUUAUGCUUAUUUUCACUGUUUUGGUCAAAUCUAUAAUAUAUCUUUGUCUCUCUGGAUUAUGUAUAGUUUUGCAAUCUUUCUCUAGUUGCAUUCCAAACAUAUUUUGUCUAAUGCC